AUGCACCCCACGAACAUGAGCGAUAUCGCAUGCAAGCGCAUCGAAAAAGCGCCAUCAAAAGUCGGAGGUCGCCGUUAUCAGCGGCCAGCGACCAGUGAUGACCCCGCGGGCAGCCCCGAUAAGGACGCCGUCAGACUCAGCUCACAGACACUGCGAUCAUCUGCUAACUCUUUCGCCAUCAUGCCGUCCCACACAUCCAAAGAGCUGCUGGCAGCCCUUCUCAAGACGACCGAGGCCGACAUCAUCCCCCUGACGCGCGAGGGCGUCACGUCGGGCAGCAAAGUCUUCGGCGCCGCGAUCCUCUCCGCCGCCUCCCUGGCACCCUACACCGUCGCCACCAACGACGAGCGCACCUCGCCCCUCCUCCACGGCGAAAUUAACUGCAUCCAAAAGUUCUACACCGUCUCCCACCCGGACCCCGCCUCGCGGCCGAGCCCUGGCGACGACUGCGUCUUCUUCGCCACCCACGAGCCCUGCAGCCUCUGCCUCAGCGGCAUCACCUGGUCCGGCUUCAAGGAGCUCUACUUCCUCUUCACGUACGAGGACAGCCGGGACCGCUUCGCCAUACCCUACGACCUCGAGAUCCUGGAAGAGGUGUUCCGCGUCAAGGCCGAGGGCGAGACGGACGCGGCGCUGUCCCGGCGCGCGCUGUACAAUAGGAGCAACAAGUUCUUUGAGGCGCGGAGCCUAGGGGAUUUGGUGGAGGACCUGGAAGACGCUGCUGAGCGGGAGCACUGGGCGGCCGAGGUCGAGCGCGUCAAGGCCCUCUACGACGGGCUCAGCAAGACAUAUCAAGAGGGCAAGAAGUCUGGAGCCGCAACGUCGAGCACGUGGAAGUAG